AUGUCGAGUGUAGACAAGGAGAUCGUCAGCCAUGAGGUCGGCUUGGAUCAAAGCCUACAGGAUGAUCGCGAUAUGGAGCGACUGGGCAAGUCCCAGCAGUUGAAGCGAAACUUCAAGUUUUACUCCAUCUUAGGAUUCACUACGACUUUAAUGGCGAGUUGGGAGUCGAUUCUACUCACGAGUACCUAUGGCCUUAUAGAUGGAGGCCGCGCCGGCAUGAUCUAUGUCUAUAUCGCGUCGUUUGUGGGGUUCUUCGCCUCUGUGAUCUCCAUGGCGGAGAUUGCUUCCAUCUCGCCGACUUCUGGUGGACAGUACCAUUGGGUCAGUGAAUUUGCUGCCCCGAGAUUCCAGCGAUUCCUGAGUUAUCUCACCGGAUGGCUCUCGGUUCUGGGAUGGCAAGCUGCCUUUGCUAGUAUCUGCUUCCUUUGUGGAACUUUGAUCCAGGGAUUACUCGUUUUCAACUAUUCCGACGACUCGGGAUAUGUUUACGGCUUCGAGCGCUGGCACGGCACUCUCCUCACGAUCGCAAUCGCGGCUGUCGGAACACUGAUCAAUACACUUGGCGCUCAAUUGCUGGCUCCUCUUGAAGGAGUUAUUCUCUUUCUUCACCUUGGAGGAUUCCUUGCGGUUCUGGUUCCUCUCUGGGCGAUGGGCCCUGGAAAGGCUCCUGACUCUGCAGUCUGGACUGAGUUCUCCAACUUUGGAGGAUGGUCAGGUAUGGGCCUUGCCUGUCUCGUUGGCCAGCUCACUCCUCUCUUCUCAUGGACAGGUCCUGAUGCUGCUACUCACAUGGCCGAGGAGGUCCAAAAUGCUGCCUUCGUUGUGCCCUGGUGUAUGGUCUCAACCGCACUCAUCAACGGCGGAUUGGGUUUCAUCAUGCUUGUCACUCUUCUCUAUAACAUGGGCAACAUCCAGGAUGUCAUUUCCCCUGCUAGCGGAUUUUCCUUCCUCCCCGCUGUUCAACAUGCCACUGGCUCAACAGCCGCCGCAAAUGGAGUCGCUGCGAUUAUUCUCGUUAUGGAGGUCUGCAGUGCCAUCAGUAUUCUUGCUACCGCGUCUCGCCAAACCUUUGCAUUUGCUCGCGACAAUGCCCUGCCGUUCUCCGGCGCUCUUGCGCAUGUGAACAAGAGGUUUCACAUUCCUAUUACGUCUGUAUUGGUCUCAACGAUGAUCACUGUGCUGCUCUGCCUAAUCAAUAUUGGCUCGACCGCUGCGUUCAACGCCGUCGCGUCGGUAAUGAUUGCGGCUCUCUUUACGACUUAUAUCCUGUCGAUCGGCGCAUUUAUUCGCGCUCGUUUACUUCCAGGUGGGAAAUUCGGAUUGGCCAUUAACGUUUUCUCGGUCGCAUAUCUCAUUUUCGCCAUUACCUUUACAUUCUUCCCCACUGCGGCCAACCCAACGCCAGUUGAUAUGAACUGGUCGAUUUUGGUAUUUGGAGUUGUCGUUAUCUUUGCCUGUGUGCAAUAUUUCCUCCAUGGCCGCCGGAUUUACCAAGCGCCUAUCACCCAGGUCCGCAAGAACGAGUAA